AUGUCCAUAAGGAUCCACAUGCCCCAGCCCAUGUGCCUCAUUGAGAAUGUGAAAGGACAACUGAAAGCCAAUCAGAAGGCCCUGGAGAUCCUGUCGGCCAUCACACAGCCUGUAGUGGUGGUGGCAAUUGUAGGCCUCUACCGCACAGGCAAAUCCUACCUGAUGAACAAGCUCGCUGGGAAGAGAACAGGAUUCUCUCUGGGCUCCACUGUGCAAGCUCAUACAAAAGGAAUCUGGAUGUGGUGUGUGCCUCAUCCCCACAAGGCAGACCACACACUCAUUCUGCUUGACACCGAGGGCCUGGGCGAUGUGGAGAAAGGUGACAACCAGAAUGACUGCUGGAUCUUUGCUCUAGCUAUUCUUUUAAGCAGCACCUUUGUCUACAAUAGCAUUGGAGCCAUCAACCAGCAGGCCAUGGACCAACUGCAUUAUGUGACGGAGCUCACAGAUCAGAUCCGAGCAAGAUCCUCGCCUGUCCAGGAUGAUGGAGUGGAAGACUCAGCUGAGUUUGUGAGCUUCUUCCCUGACUUCGUGUGGACUCUGAGGGAUGUGACCUUGAAGAUGGAAGUAGAUGGGCUUCCAGUCACAGCAGAUGAGUACCUGAAGAUUUCUCUGAAGCUCAAGGAAGGUUCCUGCAAAGAAGUUGAAAAAUACAACCUACCCAGACUCUGUAUUCGUAAGUUUUUUCCAAAAAAGAAAUGUUUUCUCUUCUAUCCACCCACUGAGUGGAAAAAACUUACCCAGCUGGAGACACUACAAGAAAAUGAGAUCGAUUCUGAGUUUUUGAAGCAAGUAGCAGAAUUCUGUUUAUACAUCUUUAAGGAGUGCAAAGCCAAAACUCUUCCAGGAGGCAUCACUGUCAAUGGCCCACGACUAGAAACCCUGGUGCGGACCUAUGUCAGUGCCAUCAGCAGCGGGGAUCUCCCCUGCAUGGAGAAUGCAGUCCUGGCUUUGGCUCAAAUAGAGAACUCGGCAGCAGUGCAAAAGGCCAUCAGCCACUACGACCACCAGAUGAGUGAGAGGGUGCAGCUGCCCACAGAGACCCUCCAGGAGCUGCUAGACCUGCACAGGACCUGUGAGAGAGAGGCCAUAGGAAUCUUCCUCAGGACUUCCUUUAAAGAUGAAGAUCAUUCAUUUCAAAUGAUAUUAGGGUCUCAGCUAGAGGAAAGAUGGGACAACUUUUGUAAACACAAUACUGAAGUGUCAUCAAAUCGUUGCUGGGCAUUGCUUCAGGCUAUCUUCAAACCUCUUGAAGAAAGAGUGAAGCAAGGCAUGUAUUCUAAGCCGGGAGGUUACAACCUCUUUGUUCAGGAGACACAGAGGCUGAAGGAAAAGUACCAUGGACAGCCAAAGAAGGGCUUACAGGCUGAAGAGGUUCUGCAGACAUAUUUACAAUCCAAGGAGGCUAUUUCUAAUGCAAUUCUACAAACAGAUCAGAGUCUGACAGAAAAGGAAAAGGAGAUUGAAGUGGAACGAACGAAAGCUGAAUCUGCACUGGCUGCUGCAAAAAUGUUGGAAGAAACACAGAAGAAAAAUGAGAAGCUAAUGGAACAGAAAGAAAGAAGUUAUCAGGAACACAUGAGACAGCUGACUCAGAAAAUGGAGAAGGACAGAAUCCAAUUAAAGGCAGAGCAAGAGAGGACAUUAUCUCUGAAACUUCAGGAGCAGAAUCAGCUACUCCAAGAGGGAUUCCAGAAAGAAAGGAGAAAGCUUCAAGAAGAGAUGAAGAAUGUGGAGAAGAGAUACAAGGAAAAAAGUAUUAUAUUCUGCAUGAUAAAUAGAAUGUAA